AGUUCGGUUUCUGAUUGGCUACACUCCUUGAUGUCGUCAUAGGCACUGCUAUAUAACAGCACACCGUGCCUUAAGGUUUUCAGUUGAGACACUUUCUUGAAAGAAAUACAGUAAACCCCGGAGAGUUUCGCAAUUGAACAAGCAGAGUCGACAUUCAAGCUAAGAAAUAAAAACUUCAAAAAUGGAUAUUACAGUGAAAAAUGCCGUUCUGAAGAUUUCCAAGGCUGAAGCCGUGAGUAAAGAAACUGAACUGCUGAUGAAACCUUACGCUAACUGGGAAGAAUACCUGAUGCCCGGUCCACUCUCUGUAGCUAUUUUAGGAGAGCUUAUCUUUAUUUCUUCCAAUACAGAUUUCUCUAUAAAUAAAAAUCCGCCAAAGGGUGGGUUCAAGUACAUCAAAUACCCUGAUUCGUUCCGAGCCUGUCUCAUGCAGGUCAGCAAUUCAGGGUGGAUCACCUUCAACGAGGCCCACAAGAACAUGGACCAAAUCCGACUCUACUCCAAAAAUGUACCAAGCUACAUGAAAAUGACAGUGAAGACACUUCUUCAAGACAAUAUUCAAAUCGUCCAGGCGUUACUCCCAGGUCAACUUGAAAACAUAAGAACAAUCGCCGAUGAGUGCACAAGGCUUGCAGAGUCAACAGAGAAGAAAUUCACUGAUGUUAUUCUCCUCAUCCAGGAAAUAUUAGAGGCCUGCUUGAACUCAAAGCAGUGUUACGAAGAAGACGUCAAGGAGGUCCAGUUGAAAUUGGAGGAAGCAAAGUUGAAGAAAGAGUCGGCAGAGAAAGCCAAAGCAAUGGCAGAAAAAAUUUUUGGUAAGAUGGACAAGCAACUGGAUGAAGUCCAUAAACAGUUCACAUCAGCGAUGGAGUCCAUGCCCAAUGGUUGGGAAAUGAUAGGCAUGACCUUUGUGGAAGGAUUGACAAAUACGGUUAAUGAAGCUGUGUCUGGUUUUUUGGCAGUAUCUUCAGGACCUUCCAAAAUGGUGUCUUUAGUAAAAGAUUCUAUUGGACAGAAGUCAGCAGAAUCUAACCCCUUUGCAGCUAACAAUGUUUAUUCCAAAUCAGGGCAACUCCUGAAACUGGCAGAGCAGAUCAACAGCUUUGUGGACAAAGACAAGAUCAAAUGGAGUGAAGUGUAUGACCAAAAGACAAGCUCUGCAAAAUCCUCCUGGUUGAAGAAGCAGCUCCAAAACAUUGAAAGUUCACUUAAAAGUGAAGAAAACUGUCAGGCUAAAGAGAAGUCAGUAGUGGUUUGUAAGGAUGCCAUGUCUAUCUGUGACCUCAUGACAGAAUUCGCACCCAAAAACAACUGUAAACCAGAACAGGAGAAGGAUCUCAUUACCAAGAUCCAGAACCUGAAAGCACAGACUGAGCAGCUUGACUCCGAGAGCAAGGCUUUCACAAAUUCUUCAAGCUUUUCUGCCACUCCACCACAAAUGGCCCAAAACACACAAAGUGGUGGCAAAAAAAGUGCUGCCCAAAUGGCAACAGACAACGCCCGUUUCCGUAUAGAGCAAAGCCGAGCCCAGCUGGAGAAAGUCCAAGAGAUGUACCAGAAAAGUAUGGAAAACCUUGAGAAGAACAACAAGGAACUGUCAGAGAUUCUGGUCACAAUGAGACGCUGCGAGAUUAAGGAAAUUGACUUCAAUACAGCUGUGAAGAUGCUGGUGAAGUUCCUUGAUGCAAUGGGACGGGUGAAGGAGCAAUGGGAAAAAAUGGUCCGGUUCUUCCAGAUGAUCUCCAAUUUAAUCAACACCUGCCUCAACACGUCUCUGAAGAGGUUUAUCUCUACUGCUGAUAACAUUCAAGGUAUACAAGGCUAUUCCUCCAACGCCUUUAUAAAAGACAUGAUUUACACCCAGGCUUUCAAUGCUUCUAACAUUGCCAACCUGGUCUACAUGAUCUCAGGAACCUACACAGAGGUCUCCAGCAAGUAUCUCAUGGACCAAGUCAGCAGCCUUGGGAAGCUCAUGGCCUUAGACCCCAAAAACCCCACCUUUGAAAGCGAGCGUGCAAAACUGGCAAAUGACUGUGACUCUGCACAGAAUGAAAUCUAUAAACUUGUGUUGAAGAAGAAAGAGGAGUUUGAAAGGGACUCAAAGAAGAGAGUUGAUAUGAUUGAUCAGGAGCUACUGGCAGUGUUGCCCCCAGCUUCGGAUGAAGAGAUUAAGAAAAUCAAAGACAACGUCCAAACAGGGAUGAAGGAGAUCACUGCUGCAGAGGAGGAUCAGUUUGGAUAAAGAGGGUAUUUUCAACUGUGCAAAAUAUAGACAAGCUUGGCAUUCUAAUUCACAUGAAUUAGUUUCCAUUAUACAUCUUAGUUAUACUUGACACAUUAGUUAUAUAGCUUAGUUAUAAUUGUACUUUUUAUUUUAUGCCAUGCAUUCAGGUCUUCUUCACAACAGCAAAUCAUAUAUUCACUAAAUGUUAUAUUUUGGGCAGCAGUGUGGAGUAGUGGUUAGGGCUCUGGACUCUUGAACGGAGGGUCGUGGGUUCAAUCCCCAGUGGGGGACAGUGUUGCUGUACCUUUGAGCAAGGUACUUUACCUAGAUUGCUCCAGUAAAAAAACAACUGUAUAAAUGGGUAAUUGUAUGGAAAAAUAAUGUGAUAUCUUGUAACAAUUGUAAGUCGCCCUGGAUAAGAGCGUCUGCUAAGAAAUUAAUAAUAAUAAUAAUUUUGGAAUAUAAAUGUUAUGUUUUAUAUAUGAGACCAUCUGGCUCUCCUAAGCUUGUCAAGUUCCCAGUUGCUGAUUGAUCUCAAAACUUUGUCAGUAGUAGUUUUAGGGUCUCCCUAUCAACCUCUAUUUAACCUCCCAUCUCUGCAACUGCAUCCAGCAAAACGCUCCAAUAAAAAAAUAAUUUUGCGAUUCCGAAAAAUAAAGAAAAGAGGAAUGUCUGCAACUAGGAGCACCACUGGAAAGGAGACUAGGCUGUCCAACCACAUCAAGAAAAGUGACCGCUCUGCAUUAAGAGGACGUCUGCCUACAGAAUAGAGCCUGGACUUUGUAGCGAACCUUUGUUUGCCAUCAUAUCCACUCUACAACUGAAAUAGUAUUUCUGAAAUUUAACUAAAGAGAUCAAAAGAUUAUCAACUGUACCCGGGUGGAAAACACAGUAAAUGCACGUUAAAGAUCAAAGUAAAAGGGUGUCGCCAUUAGCUGUUUUUUAUGAUCAAAAGGGGUAAGGCUUGAUAAAAUGUAUAAGUAAUACAAAGACCUGAUAGAGGAUAUAAUAAGCUGUGGUGUUUUCUUCAAGAAUAAAUAAAGGUUGGGGGUAUUAAAUUGAUUUGCCGUGGUUCCAAUUAAGUAGGUAUCAUUUUUACAACCCAUUGAGAGUCAAGUAUGAUUCUGUAAUAUGUUAUCCUGCUGACUGGAAUUCACUGAAUUAUAUUCUGAUGUUUAUUGACUCAUAUUUACUCAAACUGCAAUAUUAUAAGAUGACUGAUGAAAGCUGGUGUUUAUAUGCUGUUGGGAUUGACACUAAAGGUUGAGUGUUUUACAGAUUGAUGUACUGAUCUGUGCAGUUUUGAUAUUUCAUUCUUUUAUAUCUGUGUAGUGUUCUAAAAACUGAUUAAAAAAUCCCUAAAAGAUA